CGCACGCCAGGCGGGAAUGUAAGAUGGCGGAGUAGCCACGCGAAGCGGUUAGCACUGAAUCUCUUGGCCGACUUCAGGUCCCGUCUCAGCAGCAGCCGUGAUCGCUGAGCAGAGAGUGCCUAGGGUAGGCAGCCAAGAUGCCGAAUAUUAAGAUCUUCAGCGGCAGCUCCCACCAGGACUUAUCCCAGAAAAUUGCUGACCGCCUGGGCCUGGAGCUAGGCAAGGUGGUGACUAAGAAAUUCAGCAAUCAAGAGACCUGUGUGGAGAUUGGAGAAAGCGUACGUGGAGAGGAUGUCUACAUUGUUCAGAGUGGUUGUGGCGAAAUCAAUGACAAUCUAAUGGAGCUUUUGAUCAUGAUUAAUGCCUGUAAGAUUGCUUCAGCCAGCCGGGUUACUGCAGUCAUCCCAUGCUUCCCUUAUGCCCGGCAGGAUAAGAAGGAUAAGAGCCGGGCUCCAAUCUCAGCCAAGCUUGUGGCAAAUAUGCUCUCUGUGGCAGGCGCGGAUCAUAUUAUCACCAUGGACCUGCAUGCUUCUCAGAUUCAGGGCUUUUUUGAUAUCCCAGUGGACAAUUUGUAUGCAGAGCCAGCUGUCCUGAAGUGGAUAAGGGAGAACAUCUCUGAGUGGAGGAACUGUACAAUUGUCUCACCUGAUGCUGGUGGAGCUAAGAGAGUGACCUCCAUCGCAGACCGGUUGAACGUGGACUUUGCUCUGAUUCACAAAGAACGGAAGAAGGCCAAUGAAGUAGACCGCAUGGUGCUGGUGGGAGACGUGAAAGAUCGAGUGGCCAUCCUAGUGGAUGACAUGGCUGAUACCUGUGGCACAAUCUGCCAUGCGGCCGACAAACUUCUCUCAGCUGGAGCCACCAGGGUUUAUGCUAUCUUGACUCAUGGAAUCUUUUCUGGCCCGGCCAUCUCUCGCAUUAACAACGCAUGCUUUGAAGCAGUCGUAGUCACCAAUACCAUACCUCAGGAGGAUAAGAUGAAGCAUUGCUCCAAAAUACAGGUGAUCGAUAUCUCCAUGAUCCUGGCAGAAGCCAUCAGGAGAACUCACAAUGGGGAAUCAGUUUCCUACCUGUUCAGCCACGUCCCUUUAUAAUAGAGUAACUGCUGAGGCUUUUUACAAAUAAAGUGAACCCCACCCCUUUGUUUUCCCCCUUGGUAUUUGAGGACAGAUUCAGCAGAAGGCUCAGCUUGCUCUGGUGAAGCUUUCUACACCCCUCAUCAGGGUAUAUUAGUAUUUCUCCUAAAUUCAGAGAAAGCUUGAGAUUAGCUGCUGAGAUUUCCCCGCCUGCACCUGCCUUGUCUCAUUCUGGCUUGAUGCUGUGAGGCUUGAGGCUUUAACUACCGCUGAGCCCACAGCAAGAUUUCAGGCUUUGGAAGGUGUUGUAUAGGGGUGUUUGAAUGUUCCCCUGGGGAGGGGAGAGCACAGACUACUUUGCAUGUGAAUACUUCAGGGUUUCCUUUGUUCAGAACUACUGACAACAAAGCCCCGCCCCCUUUCCCCCUUUCCCCCCAACCUGUGACAAGUUCUCAAAAGCCUGCAAAAUGACCGCAAGAACCCUAGGCAGCCCCAGCUCAGGCUGCUCAGUCCUGUAAAUCUGGAGCCAGUGGGCAACUUACAGCGUGAGCAGAUCUCUGGAGUGGGGGUGGGGGGUGCCUGGGGGUAGGCAGCACACAGGGCAGUGAAUGCUUCUUGAGAGGAAAAAGCCUAAUCCUUCAUCCCCUCCAGUUUGGGGACUGUGUUGCCUGGAUUUUCCUUUGUACCUGUUCUUUCCAUUUGGCUUGCCCUUCAGCCGUCUUGCCCUUCCCCUGGUCAGAUGUCCUCUGGGGCACAAAUGUUCCUCGUACCACAGUCUUCUGGAAAGCAAACUCAGCUUCCUGCUCCGUAAUCUCUCACAUUGACACGAGAUUAUUUUUUGCCAUAGCAUAAUCUUCCUUAGCCCACUACCGCUGUGGUCAUAGGUUUUAGGUGGGGUUGUAGUGCCUUUUGAUUAAUUUAAAUAUUUCAUCUUUCUGCCAUCUAUUUGGCCUCUCCAAUGACCCGAGAUUUCUGUUAAAAAGACUGAUGUUACUAUCUCUUGUAGAGGAAACUAAUAAAGUGUCUGUGUGUGAUUGUGAA